CGAACCAUCCCUUUCCAUUCAGCGUUCUCCCUUCUCUUGUCGGUGCACUUCUCUUGCGGAUCUGUCGAUUCGUGCUUCCGUCAGAAUGUUGGUCUCUUUGACCGUCGGAAAGGUCGACGCUGGUGUCGCCGUCCUGUUGACUGAGGACAAUCGCCUCAUUGAAUUUCCCUCGGUCCUCCUCCCACAAAAUAUCACCUCAGGGAGUAUCGUGGAUAUCACCGUGUCGCGUAACAAUGCCGCAGAAGCUGCCAACGCGGCCGCUUUUCAGGCUCUCCAAAAGCGCAUCCUUAACACCUAUGGAAUCAAGACACCUUCACCACCAGUACUCCGCCUCCGCAACGCUACGCAAACCUCGCUAGUCCUCGAAUGGGACCCUAUCGACCUAGCAACCGCAUCCCUGAAGACCCUUUCACUUUACCGCAAUGGCUCCAAAGCCGGCUCUAUACCCCGGCCCCUUGAGACGCGCAGCACCAAGAUCAGCGGUCUCGCAAUUCACUCUGAAUACACCUUCCAUCUCGUUCUACGUACGACCGCAGGCACAUACCAAUCCGAAAAGUUGACCUGCCGGACGCACAAAAUGACGGAUCUGUCCGGUAUUACAGUCACAACUGGCGUGCUUCAUCCUCAGCGAAAGGAAGCCCUCGCCGAGGCCCUUGAUCGCAUUGGUGGUAAGCUUAUUGACACUGUUCGAAUCGAUACCACGCACUUCGUCUGCACUGAAGGCAGGGGCCCGUUAUGGGAGAAAGCUGUCGAAAUGAAUAUCCCCGUUGUGGUGCCCGAGUGGGUUGAUGCAUGCGAAGCGGAGGGUACCAUCGUCAGCGUGAGAGGCUACUACCUGAAUGCCGACCCCAAGGCCCGGCAACUCGGACCAAUUCAUGGCUCGACGCAGCACCAGCGUACUACGUCCUCCAUAGCGUCCCCCUCGCGACAAUCUCAGUCGCAGUCUCUGUCCCUCCCUGCAAACCAGUCAGAGCGGGAUCAGAAUACCUCCGAGCCGCCCCCGACUCCAUUUCCUGGAGCCAAUAUGAGCGGACAGCCAAAGGCGGAAGACGAUGAUAGGGUCUCAUCCGAAAACUCAGAGUCUCCUCCUCCCCCGCCUCCAAAGGAUGAGGAACCCGGAGCCAAGGAGUUGCAGACACCAGCACCACCAAGCGAAUCAACUGAAGCGAACGGGGCUUCCGAAUCAGAGGCUUCUUUGCCUGGUGAAGAUGGCAAAGAGGAAUACAACGAAAGCCCGCAUGAGCAACAUGGCGAGCAAGAACAUGAAGAAGAUGAAGAAGACCUUUCCAGUCCUAAAGGGUCCGAUAAAGACAAAACCAAAGACAAUACGGGGGAAUCAGAUUUCAACGAGGUGCCUCUUUGA